AUGGACCCAGAAUGGUUCGCCAGACUGGAAAAUGAGAUGAAGAAAGAUUAUUUCAAAAAGCUCAAAUCCUUUCUAAAGGCAGAGCAGGCGGCGCAGAAGAAAAUCUAUCCACCAGAGCAUCUCAUCCACAGCUGGUCGCGAGAGGCCCCUUUGCACAAGGUCAAGGUCGUCGUACUCGGCCAGGAUCCGUACCACGGCCCAGGGCAGGCGUGCGGGCACAGCUUCUCGGUCCCCAAAGGCGUCGCCGUGCCGGGGAGCCUGAAGAACAUCUACAAGGAGCUCGCGAGCGAAUAUCCAGGCGCAUUCGCACCGCCCAAGCAUGGUGACCUGACAGGAUGGGCAAAACAAGGCGUCUUGCUUCUCAAUGCAUGCCUCACGGUCUCGGCUGGGCAAGCAGGCUCGCAUCAUGGCAAAGGAUGGGAGCCCUUUACACGCUCCGUGCUCAAACUGGUUGCCCAGGAGGCAGCAAAAGGUGGUUCUUCGGUCGGCGGCUCUUCCAGCACUUGCAAAGGCGUCGUCUUCCUCGUCUGGGGGCAGCCAGCCGCUCGGUCACUAAUCGAAGCCGGCAUCAAUGACAAGUCGCCCAACAUUCUCAUUCUGCGCUCUCCGCAUCCCUCUCCACUGUCGGCCCAUAGAGGCUUCCUGGGCAACGGGCACUUCAAAAAGGCGAACGAAUGGUUGGAGAAGCGCUACGGACCCGGAGGAGGCAUCGACUGGGCGCAGCUACCGUAG